AUGUUGUCGGCGGAGGAGAUCCUGUGCAGCACGCAGCAGGUGAUCGCGGGGCUGGAGGCGCUGCGCGGGGAGAACCGCAGCCUGCUGGACAGCCUGCAGGACGCCAUGGCGGGCAGCGGCAGCGUGGAGCAGGAGAAGAGCGGCCUCAUCCGCCAGUCGCUGGAGAGGAUCGAGCUGGGGCUGAGCGAGGCCCAGGUGCGGCGGCUGUGCCAGGAGAACCAGUGGCUGCGGGACGAGCUGGCGGGCGCCCAGCAGCGGCUGCAGGAGCGCGAGCAGGAGGUGGUCACCCUGGAGGAGCAGAACCGCCACCUGCAGUUCAUGUCGUCCAUCCGGAAGUACGACCAGGACGAGCCGCCUCUGGAUGACAAAGAUCCUUCUUCUAACCGGGAGUCUCUGGAUGACCUGUUUCCAGCAGAGGACGAGGAGCCGUCACCCAUGUCCCAGCCCCACAGCAGCGCGGCGGCCGCGGCCCAGCAGGGCGGCUACGAGAUCCCCGCCCGCCUCCGGACGCUGCACAACCUGGUCAUCCAGUACGCCUCGCAGGGCCGCUACGAGGUGGCCGUGCCGCUCUGCAAACAGGCUCUGGAGGACCUGGAGAAGUCCUCGGGCCACACCCACCCGGACGUGGCCACCAUGCUGAACAUUCUGGCGCUGGUGUACAGAGAUCAGAACAAAUACAAAGAGGCAGCCAACCUGCUGAACGAUGCUCUGGCCAUCAGGGAGAAAACUCUGGGAAUGGAUCAUCCUGCUGUGGCCGCCACCCUCAACAACCUGGCGGUUCUUUAUGGGAAAAGAGGGAAAUACAAGGAAGCGGAGCCUCUUUGUAAGAGAGCUCUGGAGAUCCGGGAGAAGAGUCUGCUGAGGCUGAAUGUUCUCUCCGUGGUUCAGGUUCUGGGUACGGACCAUCCAGAUGUGGCCAAGCAGCUGAACAACCUGGCGCUGCUGUGCCAGAACCAGGGGAAGUACCAGGAGGUGGAGGAGUACUACGAGCGCGCGCUGCACAUCUACCAGAGCAAGCUGGGCCCCGACGACGCCAACGUGGCCAAGACCAAGAACAACCUGGUGAGAGGAGGCCCCCAGGGGCCGCCCGGGCCUGACCACAAACCCGUCCCCUCCAGGAAAGAGAAAAGAGCGUCCUGCUACCUGAAACAGGGGAAAUACAGACAGGCCGAGGCUCUCUACAAAGAGAUCCUGACCCGGGCUCAUGAAAAGGAGUUCGGCUCUGUGGAAGGUGACGGCCGGCCCAGCUGGACGGCGGCGGCGGCGGAGGACGGCGGCGGCGGCUCGCAGGACGGCCUGAAGCGCAGCGGCUCCUUCACCAAACUCCGGGAGUCCAUCCGGCGGAGCAGCGAGAAGCUGGUCCGCAAGCUGAAGGGGGUGGGGCUGGAGGAGGCCGCCCCCAGGAACGCCGGGAUGAAGAGGGCCAACUCCCUGAAUGUGCUGAAUGUCGGAGCCAGAGACGGUCAGGACGGCAGCAAGGCUGAGCCCAGCGGCCUGACAGACCGCCGGGGGCUGAGCAGCAGCACGCAGAGCCUGGGCCGCAGGAGCUCGCUGGGGGGGGCCAGCUAGCAGGAAGAACCGGAG